AUGGGAAAAUCUAAUAGUAAGCUUAGUGAAGAAGAAAUUAAAGAGCUUCAGAAAUGUACUUAUUGUAGGUAUAAAGGAUUUCUCAAGGAUUGUCCCACUGGUGAACUUGAUAAAACAGAAUUUCAAAAAAUCUACAAACAAUUCUUUCCAUUUGGUGAUCCUUCAAAAUUUGCAGAUUAUGUUUUUAAUGUAUUUGAUGAAGAUAAAAAUGGAAAAGUUGAUUUCAAAGAAUUUAUAUGUGCAUUAUCAGUGACUUCAAGAGGAGAAUUAGAUGAAAAAUUAUUAUGGGCAUUUCAAUUAUAUGAUAUUGAUGAUGAUGGAUAUAUAACACAUGAUGAAAUGUUAAGAAUUGUUGAGGCAAUUUAUAAAAUGGUUGGUAGCAUGGUAACAUUACCACCUGAUGAAGAUACACCUGAAAAACGUGUAAAUAAAAUAUUUACUCUAAUGGAUAAGAAUAAAGAUGGUAAAUUAAGUAUGGAUGAAUUUAAAGAAGGUUCAAAGCAAGACCCAACAAUUGUUCAAGCAUUAAGUUUAUAUGAUGGUUUAUCACAUCGUAAAUUUGAAGCACCUCGUCAUGGGAGUUUGGGUUUCCUUCCAAGAAAACGUGCACGAAGACACAGAGGUAAAGUAAAGUCUUUUCCAAAAGAUAACCCCGAGAGCCCUGUUCACCUGACUGCCUUUAUGGGUUAUAAGGCUGGUAUGACUCAUGUUGUUCGAGAUUUGGAUCGUCCUGGAUCAAAAAUGCAUAAGAAAGAGGUAGUCGAAGCAGUUACCAUUAUUGAAACACCUCCAUUACGAAUUGUUGGUGUUGUUGGUUAUGUUGAAACUCCAAGAGGUCUUCGUGCAUUGACUACAGUUUGGGCUCAGCAUUUAACUGAUGAGGUUAAACGAAGAUUCUAUAAAAAUUGGUAUCGUUCCAAGAAGAAAGCUUUCACAAAAUAUACAAAGAAAUAUUUGGACACUUCCAAAUCAGUUGAUAAGGAAUUGGCAAGAAUCAAAAAAUAUUGUCAAGUGGUACGUGUAUUGGCCCAUACUCAAAUUCGAUUGGUAAAAAUUGGUCAAAAGAAAGCUCAUCUGAUGGAAAUUCAAGUUAAUGGUGGCACGAUUUCUGCAAAAGUUGAUUGGGCAAAAUCAAAGUUUGAACAGGAAGUUGAUAUAUUAUCAGUAUUUGCUCCUGAUGAAAUUGUUGAUGUCAUUGGUGUGACAAAAGGCAAAGGAUUUGAAGGUGUAACACAUCGUUGGGGAACAAAGAAACUUCCACGUAAAACUCAUAAAGGUCUUCGAAAAGUUGCUUGUAUUGGUGCAUGGCAUCCUUCAAGGGUAAUGUACUCUGUUCCACGUGCUGGUCAAAAUGGUUAUCACCAUCGAACAGAAGUAAACAAGAAGAUUUAUCGUAUUGGUAAAGGCGAUGAUGAAAAAAAUGCAUCAACAGAAUAUGAUAUUACCAAAAAACAAAUUACUCCAUUAGGUGGCUUUCCUCAUUAUGGUAUUGUCGAGAAAGAUUUUAUUAUGAUCAAAGGGUCAUGUGUUGGUGUUAAAAAACGUGUUCUCACAUUAAGAAAAACAUUACUCACUCAUACAAAACGUUCAGCUUUAGAAAAUAUUUCAUUAAAGUUUAUCGAUACAAGUUCAAAAUUUGGUCAUGGUCGUUUCCAAACCGCAGAAGAAAAACAUGCAUUCCUUGGUACACUCAAGAAAGAUGUUGUUCAACCUUAA